CACCGAGCCGAAGCCGCUCUUUCUUCCUCUUGAUAGUCGCUUCCCGACACAAACUCACCCAAUUCACACAUCGCAGCCCUAUUUAUCGCCAGAGCAGACGACAGUAGGAAGGAGCAAGAAGAAGACGACGGACACGCAUCAUAUUCAGCAAAACCCAGCCAUGUCGGAAGCCUACGAGCGCGAGCGCCAGAACAACGCGCGCCUGGAGGAGCUCUCGGCCAAGGUCUCGUCCCUGCGCGGAGUGACGGUGGACAUCUACGACAAUGCGCGGGCGCACGAUGUCAUUGAGAACACUUCCGACACGUUCUCGUCCAUGUCAACCCAGCUCAAGGGCUCCGCGGGGCGACUAGGUCGCAUGGCGGCCUCGGGCAACAAGAUCGCCAUCCUCAAGCUGUCGGCCAUCAUCGUCGGCGCCAUCUUGGUCUUGUACUACGUCUAUAAGCUCUUCUUCCGCGGGUCGGCAUGAGGCCACGACGUCGACAUAUAUCGCAUCAACGUGUAGGCAUACUAUACUACCGUGUAGUAA